AUGGUCCACACAGCCUCAUUUGCAUUGGAAAAGCUGCUGUCUGCACAAAGAUGUGGGGUUGUUCUGGGUCUGUUGCUUCUGGCUCUGGCCCUGGGCACCCAGGGUCUGUUAUUUCCAAGAGCAGCACCCCAGAAUAGGGCCGUGGAUCUUAGUGCCCGGGCAAGAAGCAGCUGGUCCAGACUUUGGAGCCUGUGGGGCAGGUUCCCACUCCAUCCUAGCCCCCCAGGGGCAGGAACCAGGUGCUGGACUGAUGGAUUUUGGUCUGCGCCUCAGUCACCAGAGCCUGUUUUUGGCAGUGGAACCCAGCUUACUGUCCUAGGUCAGCCCAAGGCUUCCCCCUUGGUCACACUGUUCCCACCAUCCCCUGAGGAGCUACAGGCCAACAAGGCUACCCUGGCCUGUCUGAUGAAUGACUUCUACCCAGGCACUGUGAUGGUGGCUUGGAAGGAAGAUGAUAUCAUCAUCACUGAGGGUGUAGAGACCACCCAACCCUCCAAACAAAGCAACAACAAGUACAUGGCCAGUAGCUACCUGAUGCUGACACCUGACAAGUGGAAAUCUGGGAGCAGGUAUACUUGCCAUGUCACACAUGAAGGGAGAACUAUAGAGAAGAGUGUGUCCCAUGUAGAAUGUUCCUAA